AUGAGAGUCCCUGCAAAAAUAACGCUGCCUGUGGAGGCUCCACUCCCAGGCUUCCUCGCUCAGCAUCCUUACCUAGCACUCGCUUUGCCUCUGGCGCUGUGGAUCCUGUGCCGCGCGAUUUACCGCCUUUUCUUCCAUCCGAUCGCAAAGUUUCCAGGACCCAAGCUGGCGGGAUUGACGUACUGGUAUGAGACCUACCAUGAUUUUGUUAGAUUUGGGGAAUACACGGAAACACUAUCGAAGCUUCAUGACAAAUAUGGCCCAAUCAUUCGCAUCAACCCGGAUGAGCUUCAUGUUCGAGACCCCAAGUUUAUUGACACACUUUAUUCGUGGAACUCCAAGCGCGGAAUAUCUUCUUGGUUUACAGCGCCCUUUGACUUCGAUGGCACAUACUUCGGUUCCCUGACUCAUGACCUCCACCGUACCCGGCGUGCACCGCUCCAGCGCCUCUUCUCCAGGCCCAUGGUGAUGAAGCUCGAGCCACUCAUCAAGCAAAACAUCGUCAAGCUCUACAAGAACGUCGAGACGUGGGCUGGGACGGGCAGGCCGUUGCCCGUCGUCGAUGCCAUCUCGUGCUUCGCGACCGACGUCAUCACCGAGUACUGCUUCGGUCAAAGCUACGGGUUUCUCGACGAUCCGACCAUGAAGAAGAGUUUAUACAAUGCCAUACACAAGGGUUUGGGUAGCGCGGUCCCGUUCAGGCACUUUCCGCUCUAUCAGAAACUGUUCUACAGUCUCCCGACCUGGGUCAUUGAGUGGAUGAACCCCGACAUGGAGUUGUGGAGGGCAUACCGGGUCGACAUCCGCACCCAAGUCCGCAAGCUCAAAAAAGACAUUGCCGACGGCACCUUCAAGCCCAGCGAAUCCACCCGCGCCACCGUCUUCACCGAGAUCCUCAACAGCAACAUGCCGGAACCGGAGAAGGAGACGGAGCGCCUCAGUCGCGAGGCUCAAGUCAUGGUGCAAGCAGGCAUCGAGACCGUGUCUUGGAGCAUCACGACCAACCUCACCUACCUCCUCAGCAACCCGCGUGCCCUCUCCCGCCUGCGCGCCGAGCUCUUCGAAGCCAUCCCCGCCACGCCCGACUCCAGCCCGGCCGACCUGCCUUCGUGGGCGACGCUCGAGCAACUGCCCUACCUCUCCGCAUGCGUGCUCGAGGGCCUGCGGCUCGGCUACGGCGUCGUAACGCGCCUGGCGCGCAUCGCAGAAACCGAAACGCUGGUGCUGACCGACGACGAGCCGCAGUCGCCGCACCGCGGCAAGACGUGGAGCAUCCCGCCGGGGACCCCCGUCGGCAUGAGCGCGUACCACGUGCACCACGACGAGCGGGUUUUUGUGAACAGUCGGGAGUACUGGCCGGAGAGGUGGCUGGAUGAGGACGGGAAGAGGGAUAGGAGGUUGGAGGGGUAUCUGCUCAGUUUUUCGAAGGGGAGUAGGCAGUGCGUUGGGAUGAAUUUGGCGCAGGCGGAGUUGUAUCUGGGGUUGGCGAUUAAGGGGGUCAGGAUGCUGGUGAAGCCGAAGGUCGAUGAGUGA